GUUUCCGGAGGAGUGUUCCGCGCGAUUGGGAGACGUCUACGUCACUUCCUAUCGGAUGGGCGGAAGUUGCUUCCCAGCAUGUUGCAAUUUGUAGAAGAGAGUUCCGGUCGUGGCCGAAGUGGUUGCGUUUUUUAGUACUGGACAGUUGUGAUGGCUGCGGUGGAUUCGGAUGUCGAACCGCUGCCUCGCGGGGGUUUCCGCUGCUGUCUCUGCCACGUCACUACGGCCAACCGACCCAGCCUAGAGGCUCACCUGGGAGGCCGAAAGCACCGGCACCUGGUAGAACUACGAGCUGCUCGAAAGGCCCAGGGACUUCGAAGCGUGUUUGUCAGUGGCUUUCCCCGGGAUGUGGGUUCUACUCAGCUCUCUGAGUACUUCCAGGCAUUUGGACCUGUGGCCAGUAUUGUCAUGGACAAGGACAAGGGAGUGUUUGCCAUUGUGGAGAUGGGGGACGUGGGUGCCCGGGAAGCUGUCCUCUCACAGCCCCAGCACAGCUUGGGAGGACAUCGCCUGAGGAUCCGGCCACGGGAGCAGAAAGAGUUCCAGAGCCCAGCCUCCAAGUCCCCCAAAGGAGUGGCUCCCGACAGUCACCAGCUGGCAAAAGCACUAGCGGAGGCCCCGGACGUGGAGGCACAAAUGGUGAAGCUCGUGGGGCUGAGGGAGCUGUCUGAGGCUGAGCGGCAGCUUCGGAGCCUCGUGGUGGCCCUGGUGCAGGAGGUCUUCACAGAGUUCUUCCCUGGCUGUGUGGUCCAUCCUUUUGGCUCUUCCAUAAACAGCUUUGACGUCCAUAGCUGUGAUCUUGACCUCUUCCUGGAUCUGGGGGACUUGGACGAGCCCCAGCCAGCCACAAAGGCUGCAGAAUCUCCAUCCCUGGACUCGGCCCUUGCAUCCCCACUGGAUCCUCAAGCCCUGGCCUGCAUCCCAGCCUCGCCUCCAGACUCACAGCCUCCAGCUUCUCCCCAAGACUCGGAAGCCCUGGACUGUGAAGUCCCUUCCUCCUCCCUGGCACCCCGGACUCCAGACUCUGCUUUGGCCUCUGAGACCCUUGCCUCUCCCCAGUCCCUGCCUCCAUCCUCGCCACUGCAGGAGGACCGGGGAGAGGGGGACCUGGGGAAGGCCAUGGAACUGGCAGAGGCCCUGAAGGGGGAGAAAGCAGAAGGGGGAGCCAUGCUGGAGCUGGUGGGAUCCAUUCUUCGGGGCUGUGUCCCUGGAGUGUACCGAGUCCAAACUGUGCCAUCUGCCCGACGGCCUGUGGUCAAGUUCUGCCAUCGGCCUUCAGGUCUCCACGGUGACGUCUCCCUCAGUAACCGGCUGGCCCUGCAUAACUCCCGCUUCCUGAGCCUCUGCUCUGAGCUGGAUGGGCGAGUACGGCCCCUUGUGUACACUCUGCGCUGCUGGGCUCAGGGUCGAGGGCUGUCAGGGAGUGGCCCACUUCUCAGUAACUACGCCCUGACCUUGCUCGUGAUCUAUUUCCUUCAGACCAGGGACCCUCCGGUGUUGCCCACUGUGUCCCAGCUCACCCAGAAAGCAGGUGAGGGCGAACAGGUGGAGGUUGAUGGCUGGGACUGUAGUUUUCCCAGGGAUGCCUCGAGACUGGAGCCCAGCACCAAUAAGGAGCCCCCGAGUUCCCUGCUGGCUCAGUUCUUCUCCUGCGUCUCUUGUUGGGAUCUUCGUGGCUCACUGCUGUCCCUGCGGGAGGGUCAGGCACUGCCUGUGGCAGGGGGCCUGCCCUCUAAUCUCUGGGAGGGUCUGCGCCUCGGUCCCAUGAAUCUCCAGGACCCCUUUGACCUGAGUCACAAUGUGGCAGCCAAUGUGACCAGCCGGGUGGUCGGGCGGCUACAGAACUGCUGCCAAGCGGCAGCCAGUUACUGCCGAAGCCUCCAGUACCAGUGCCGUUCCUCCCGGGGUCGGGACUGGGGGCUGCUUCCCCUUCUGCAGCCCAGCUCCCCUAGCUCCCUGCUGUCUGCAACACCCAUCCCCUUACCCCCGGCUCCCUUCACCCAGCUCACUGCUGCCCUGGCCCAGGUGUUACAGGAGGCUUUGGGGUGCCAUAUAGAACAGGGAACCAAGAGACUGCGGUCAGAGGGAGGUGGAACUGGGGAGCCUCCCCAGGGAGGGACAAGCAAAAGAUUGAAACUAGACGGACAGAAAAAAAGCUGUGACGGGGGGCAGGAGGAACAGCAGGGACAUGCAGGGGCCCAUGGUGAAGACAGGGUGGAAGAAAUGGCGAUAGAGGCUGGAGAGUCAGUGCAAGACUGGGCCAUGAGGAGCCCUGGGCAGCCAGGGGAGCUGGCCCCGAUGACCGGAAAGCAUCUAGGCACUGGAGAAGAGGGGCGGUCAGGCCCCGCAGCGCUGGCUGAGCAGGGGCCCAGAGGACCUGAGGCAGCCCGAGAAGGGUCUCAGGCCGAGGCAGGGAAGGGGGCGUUGCUCUCCUCAGUGGGCUGGCGCUGUGCCUUGUGCCACCGAGUGUGGCAGGGGCGGCGGCGUGCCCGAAGACGCUUGCAGCAGCAAAUCAAGGAAGGAGGAGGAGCUGGUGCUGGCACAGGAGCAGAGUGGCUGGCAACUGAGGCUCGGGUCACCCAGCAGCUGCGAGGCCUGAGCGGUACUGAACAGACGCCAGGGGCUGAGCCACUCCUGACCUUCGUGGUGUCUGUCUCCCAGGCUGACCAGACUCUCACUGUGACCCCACUCCGGGAUUCUCAAGGCCUGUUCCCUGAUCUCCAUCAUUUCUUACAGGUUUUCCUCCCUCACGCACUUCGAAACCUGCUCAAGUGAAGAUGGGGACCCUAAAGGGCAAUAAAGCUGCUAGUUUAAUAA